GGCGGCGGGAGGAUGGCGGGCCGCUCCCUGCGGGCGGCGCGGCAGCGCCUCGGGCCCGUCCUCUCCCUGGGCGCGCGGCGGCCCGGCAGGUUACAUUUCAAGGAUUCCUCAUUUGUCUUCAGCACUGCAGCUCAGCAGAGAAGUACAGGAGAUGAGUGUGGCCCAGAAGAUCCCCAUGAUGAACCAAAGCAUCCGCUUUCUGAACGUGCCUUAGAGCACAAAACCAUCAAAUUGGAAGAACAAGUCCGGGAUUUAACUGAGCGAUACCGGAAAGCUUUGGCAGAUUCUGAGAAUGUCCGGAGGAGAACACAAAAAUUUGUGGAAGAUGCCAAACUCUUUGGGAUUCAGAGUUUCUGCAGGGACCUUGUGGAGGUAGCAGAUAUCUUGGAGAAGACUGCUGAGAGUGCCGCAGGAGAAGCGGAGCCUAGUAAUCCAAAUCCAACCUUAAAGAAAAUCUAUGAAGGCCUCUCUCUGAUAGAGGCCAAGUUGCAAAGUGUAUUUGCCAAACAUGGCCUUCAGAAGAUGAACCCUGUUGGUGGCAAAUAUGAUCCAUAUGACCAUGAAAUAGUCUGCCAUGUACCAGCUGAGGGAAUGCAGCCAGGCACGAUAGCACUGGUGACACAGGAUGGCUAUAAACUGCAUGGGCGCACUAUCAGACAUGCACUCGUCGGUGUGGCAGUAGAGUCACAGGAAUGACAUGGGCUUACCCAUUGGCAUCUGGGACCUUAAUGAGCUGAGGACCCUUUGGCACUCAGUGACAGCUGCAGCUGCAUGUCUUUAUUUAUUAACCUAGGUUUGUAUUGUAUGUUGGCUUUUUUUGAUGUGUGCAGUUAUCUUGCCAUUAAUUCUAAGGUACUUUUAUAUUUAAUGUUUCUUUUUGGAGUAUGUGGAGUAGUAGGAGUCCUGCUUUUUGAGUCAUAGGUGUGUCGCUGUAGUCCCUUUCCCUGUUGCUGAUUUCAAGUCUCCAUUAAACCUAGUAUGGGGAAGGGGGGGAUAUGAGAGAGAGAAAGAGAAAUUAUCAGAGCGCUAGGGAAUCUUGUCUCCUAGUUCUGUCUCUGAGACAGACUCUUCCUGUGGCCUUUAGGCAAGUAACUUCUCUGCCUCAGUUUCCCUAUCUGUAUUAAGGGGCUGUACUAAUACUUAUUGACCUACCUCACAGGAAUGUGGCGAGGCUUUUUCUUUGCAAGGCACUCAUCCGAGGAAAAGCUCAAAGUGCUAAGUAUUAUUAUCAGGCUGGUUUUGGUAUCUUCCCUUGUCCCCAGAUCCCCCAGGUGGGGGUGAUCACUUGAAAUGGCAUUUAGAGCCAAAUUUUUCUUCUCUCUUUUCAGGAAAACAGUCCUGAAUUAAUGAAGUUUCUUUUAUACUGCAGUUGAAUAUUGAUGAGAUUUUAAAGAGAACUCAUUUGUCAUGGUCAUGUCAAACUCUAAUGUGUUUGUAUUUGUUCUCCAGGUAAAAUUUCAGCUUGCCCCUCUCUUUUGAAGGGUGAAAUAGGGAGUGGUCCUUAGUGGAGCAUAGAAAGCUCUUCUCAAAUCUCUCUUUCUCCAACCAAAAAGUGUAUUUUAGGGGAGAGUAAGAUCUCUUCCUUUAUGAAUAUUUGUGCAGCCUGAUAAACUGUAAGCAUGAUAAACUGUAUACUCUUUGAUGCUGCUGGCAGAAUGGAGAUAUGCCCUUAAGUAAGAAAUCUGGACUUAUUUUCUCAAGCUCUCCAAUGAUAGUACUCAAAUAACACUAACUUCGAGUUCACAUUCAGAUUCUACUUUUGCCUUGUUAUGGUAAAUAUAUAUAUAUAUAUUUUUUUUUUUUUUUGAAGGAAGGAAGGACAUAAGGUCUUUUCUACUAAAAGUCUUAAGUGUCCUUGAAACAAUUUUAGCAACAAUGACAAGAAAGCAAAGAGAAACAGAAGGCUGAGAAAGUGAAAACUGACCUGAAGCCAUCCUCCUAGUUAGAGGCAUAUUGUUGUCACAGUAUGGCAUAUGUAUUUCCCAGUGGCCCUCUUGCCUUGGGAAUCCAUUCAUCUAUACUGAAAGGAUUCAAUGUCACUGAGUAAAGUCAGAAUUUAACCCUUUGGAGAGUAAUAAGCAGGACAGUGACAGAAGAAUUAUACAAACCUGACUGGUCUAUUGUGGUCUACACAAAAACAAGGCAGGAAUGGUUGUGUUUUCAAGUUGCUUCUUACUGAUUUAUUAAUUCUUGUCUUUUCACUUCCUUGAACUAGAUCUGUAGCCUGACAAAGUUAUUUGAGAUCUGCUUCUAAAACCUCUUUCUUUAUGAUGGAUACUAUCACUGGAUUAGAAGGAAGCUCACUUCACUGGUUCUUUUCCAGGCUUAAUCCUUGUGACGGACUUCAAGAAUAAAGCAGCCUUCUGUUAGCAGCUAUAAACAAUCUUUCAUACGGGGAGAUUGUGUAGAACAUAUGCAACCUAUUGAUUGUCAUUCCAGAAUUUUUAGAUAGAUGGACAUUUCUCUUCUCAUAUGCCUAAUACAAGCUGCUUUAGUGGCAAUUGUAUGUGGGUGACUCAGAGCACCUUGCAUUCUAAUGAUGCUUUUUGAAGUGUAGUAUUGUGCCUCUGAGUAGUUAGGUUUUCAGGCAAGUACCUGAGACUUCAACCCUGGAACAGUGCUUCAUGGCAGCAUUAGAUCACUUUGAGCAAGUCUCUAGUUCAGUACACUUGUUUUACUACGUUGCUGGAAAUUUCAGAGAAAUACUGGCUUUCUGUUCUGUUCCUUUUUUUUGCUGGUCAUACAUGAUGACUGAGUAACCAGGUGAUGCUGUUACUCAAGACAGAGAUUAGGUACAAUAUGAAAAGUGGCAGUGCAAGCCUUGCCAUACUGCUUCGUGACUGUCUGCAGCCUGUUCUGAGGAAACUGCAUCUUGGGCUGGAAAGAGCAAUUAGGUUCUCUUCUGCCUCUUCCAUCGCUGGGGUAUCAGCUGAGUCUUUUUGCAGAUAUGAGGGGAGAGCUGGUUAUGGAAACUAACUUGUAAUGCGAACCUUUAUAUAUAUAAGGACUGAGCAAAAACAAAGUCUUUUCAUGUAAGAAGUGGUUUUCAGUUAUAAAAAGAUUGCAGCUGAUCUGCACAAGAGUUGUCGUGUGCAGCUAAAAGUGAUCAGAUCCAAAGCCUCUGUAACUCUUAACCUGCUCAGCCACUUGAUUGUUAAAGUGUAGUACAUCUACUUAGUCCAUCUUUGGACUAUUUAUCAGGCCUUCCCAUCACCUCAACUAGUAAUCACCCAUUUUUUUCCUUAAGGAAAUACUCUAAAAUGCACUCUGAAACACCUUCUAUCUGAAUGAGAGGUUAUUGAUUUAGGAUCUGUCUCUGGGACCUGCAUUCUUUGAGGCACUGUUGUGUGGCUAGAAUAGAAAUCUAAGGAGUCAGGGUUUAUGCGCACUCUUCCUUACCCUCCAAGAAGUCUUGUUUAAUUGUGGGCAAGGUAUUUUCCCAAUUUAUGCCCCAACUUUAUUACCCUAUGAAACUUCUGUAGGACCUUAACAGGCUUUUAUGAUAGUUACUGUAAGAUUUACCCAUUACUUAAUUACCCUUUUACAGAAACUGCCAAAGAGACAAAUGCUGUUGCUGCUGUUUGUCCUAGUUUUCUGCUUCCUUUCAAUUGUGAAGUGAAAAUGAACUAACCAUAUCUGGAUUCCAUCACAGAAUUUAGACUUCUGAGACAAAAUUUGAUCCUCUUACCUUUCAAGCACACUUAAUGAUCCCUUUUAUUGUGGAUAAGAUUGUCUAAGGAUGGAUCAAAUUUCUCUUUUCUAGAUACCAGUUCCCUUGUUGUCUUCCGCGUUUGUGUAAAGCUUGCACAGUGGGACAGGUUCGUUGUUGCACUCUCCAGAAUUACACCAGAGAGGAAUCUGGCCCAUAAGCUUUUUCUCUCCAGUCACUUUAUUCAAUGACUAUUUAAUAAAACACGGGAGUGUGUUAGAAGGGACGGAGUAGCAGAAGAGAGGAAGUUUUGCAUACAUGUUGGUCAUUUCCACUCUGUUAGGCCAGCCAUGAACUGAAGAACUUGAGCUGGGAGUGCAGGCAACUAGAUAACAAAUGUAUGCAGUGAUGCAUGGAGAUAAAUUGCUGCUCUUGGAAAACUGGCAGCCAUGCUCUACACAGGCAUUUGCCUUGUUCUUUGACCUUACCAUAUCCUGUCAGUGAGACAUAAUUUGAGUUGAACUCUUAGAUGAGUCUUCAGUGGCACUGUCUCAUGCAUGACAGUGUCUUAACUGACCACAAGCAGUACAGAAUGUGAAUGUCACUUUGUGAACCUUAAAUUCUCAGUGCUUCAUCAGCAGAACUUCUGUUGAAACAGCUGUGAUAAAUCAAUGGCUAUUAGCAGUCCUUUAAUUUUUUUUAAAAAAAUGUAUUUAAGUUUUAUUGUGAAUAUUGUAGUAUUUUUUUAUUUUAAAAUGCAAGAUGUUUUGAUAUUUCUUGCAAAGUCAAAUGAACAAACUAUUGCUAAUCUCCAAAAAUUGAAGUCCACUUAAUUGGUGGGAAACCUGUAUAUAUUGUAUGUUUUUGUGUUUCUGUGCUCUUAUUUACCCAAAGGUUCUGGCUGUCUGAAAGAGAAGGACUGAAGUGUGGGAGUGGUGCACAUAGUUGACAACAACAUUUGAGUUAAUGUUGGAAUGGGCUGACUUCUUUUAGAUGUCCAGAUACUGUCCGUUUGCUAAUAAAAAGAAAAAUGCAAUUA